AUGGGAACUUAUUUUUCCAAAGAUCUGCAAGAAUGCCUAAGGGAGGAGAAGCGAAAUUUAAAUCGGUCGAUCAGAGAAUUAGAGAGAGAGAUAUUUAAAAUGGAAAAUGAAAAAAAACAAAUAGAAAAGAACAUAAAAAUACAUGCAAAGAAGAAUGAUAUAACAUUAGUACGUACCUUAGCAAAAGAUUUAGUAAAAAUAAAACAAAACGUUAUAAAAUAUAAUAAAAUAAAAUCUCAUUUAUUAUCAAUGAAAAUAAAAUUACAAAGUGUUAAAUCUUCAGAACAAUUAAAUAAAAGUUUAUGUGAUAUAAACAAUAUAAUUAAAAGGGUAAAUAAAUAUAUUCAAGUCAAAAAUAUUAAUAACUCCAUAUAUGAAUUUCAAAAACAAAAUAAUGAAGUCUCCAUAAAAGAAGAUAUGAUAGACGACUUAUUUGAUACACUGAAUUAUGAUAUAGAUAUGAUUCAAGAAGAAGACGAAAUUGUUUCCAAGGUACUAGAUGAAUUAGGUAUACAACUCAAUUCAAAAUUAGAACAAAUUCCUACAAUCAAACAAACAGAAAAUCAACAACUUGACAAUGUUAAUAUAUCAAAAAUUGAAGAUAGAAUAAACAAUUUGAAAAAAAUGUGA